AUGUCUAGCCAGAAACAGAUUGACCCUAAGAAGCAGCAGGAGCUUCAGCACCAAUACACCAACUUCAAGAAUACUCUUCAGCAGUUAGCACAAAAGAUCGGUGAUAUUGAGCAGGAGGCAGAAGAGCACAAACUUGUGAUUGAGACCCUCGACCCUCUCGCAGCAGACCGCAAAUGUUUCCGCAUGGUGAAUGGCGUCUUAGUUGAGCGCACUGUCAAAGACGUGCUUCCUACACUCAAGACCAAUUCUGAUGGGUUGAAGCAAGUACUGGAGGACAUGCUCAAGCAGUACAAGUCAAAGCAGAGUGAGCUGGAUACCUGGAAGGUAAGCGUAUCUCCUGUUUCAUGGUCAUUCCUAGGCCUAAAUCCAUAUCCCGUGAACUUGAUACGGGCAGUGCUGACUUGGAUUUCCCCUUUCCAGAAGAAAAACAACAUCCAGGUUGUGCAGCCUUAG